AUGGGCCUUGAACGUGGUAUGCAAGCUGUGGUGACAGCCGCCGUCUUCAACGCACUCGCUUUUAUCUUCAUCGUGCUGCGAUGCAUUUCUCGGUGUAUGGUCAUCCACCGGGCGGGCCCCGAAGACUAUUUGAUCAUUUUCGCUUUGGUGCUUUCUGUUGGUCUCACUGUGACGAUUGUACUUCAAAAAGAUCAUGGUCUGGGUCGUCAUGCGGACACGGUCAGCGAAGAAGACAACGAGACUCUGUCAAAGCUGCUGUACGCCAGUAUUAUAGUCUACAAUUUGGGGCUGUUCCUGGUUAAGGACUCUAUUCUCUACCAGUAUUUGAGAUUCUUUGUCGAGAGGCGUUAUCGCAUUGCUGCGUGGGCUCUGAUUGCCUUCAUCUGUCUCGCCGGAAUAACUUUCAUCUUGACUUCUUGCUUCUCCUGCUGGCCGGUAGCUUAUUACUGGGACAAGAAUGUCAAAGGCGGCCACUGUGUCGAUCUUGAGGCGUUCUGGUUCAGUUUUUCCGGCUUCAACAUCGUGACGGAUUUGGCAGUCUUGGUGCUUCCGAUGCCUGUGCUGAAGAGUCUACGACUUCCCAGGAAGCAGAAGAUCAGCUUGAUUGCCGUGUUUGCAUUGGGUGGUUUCGGCUGUAUCACGGCCAUUCUUCGUCUCCAUGCCCUCUACAUAGCAAGCAUAUCAACCGAUCUCACCUACGACAAUGUAGGCGCUGCGACCUGGUCAGCAGCCGAACUCAACGUGGGCAUCAUGUGCGCCUGCAUUCCUGCCAUGAAACCCAUCAUCAGCUCGAUAUUCCCGCGCCUCUUGUCCUCCUCACGUCGUGACCGCCAAUCCAAUCCGUAUCCCCGACGAGCAUCGUACAUGCGCAAUGACAGCGUCGUGCAACUAUCGCAGGUGGUCAAAACGCACAGCGUGGUGAGCCGAGACGACACGGUUAGCUUCGAUCAUGGCCACGAGCCGCAUGCAAUUCGCAUCAAGAACGAGUGGUCUAUCAGCGAGCAUGAGCGUGUCUGA